UUUCAGCCAGAAGAACCACGUUUCUUGAGCUUCCCACAUCUUCCCGAUGAUGCCAGAUAUGAGGAUGGAACGCCAAUUCUGAACAAAUACUCUUCCACUUUGACCAGAGGUCAUAAUUUCCCUGGUGCACAGGCCAUGCUCUAUGCAGCAGGUGUGCCAAACGAGAAGGUGUUGAAGACAGCUCCUCAGGUUGGCAUCGCAUCUGUUUGGUGGGAGGGGAACCCUUGCANNAUACACGAUCUGGGAAAGACUGUGAAGCAAGCUGUAGAGAAGCAGGGUAUGCUAGGAUGGCAGUACGGUACCAUUGGAGUGUCAGAUGGCAUUACAAUUAUCGAGACUAUCACAUGUGCCCAGUUCCACGAUGCCAAUAUCUCCAUCCCUGGAUGUGACAAGAACAUGCCAGGUGUUGUAGUAAGUGCUGAUACAGCCGUGAGCAGAUACUUGAGGCUGACCUGUGGCUCAGNNAUGGCAAUGGCAAGACAUAACCGACCAUCUGUGAUGAUCUACGGAGGCACUAUCAACCCUGGGUAUUCCAAGACACUCCGAAAGACGAUCAACAUCACAACAUGCUAUGAGGCACAUGGCGCUUACAACUUCGACACCCUCAAGAACCCAGACGACCCUUCGAUCACCAAGGAUGAAAUUCUGACUGACAUCGAGAGAAACGCAUGUCCUGGUUCUGGAGCUUGUGGUGGCAUGUUUACGGCAAACACUAUGGCCAUGGCAAUCGAGACUCUUGGUUUAACUCUUCCUGGGUCUUCAAGUACGCCUGCCACUUCGCCAGCCAAGAUGCGAGAGUGCCAGAAGGCAGCAGAAGCGAUCAAGAUCUGCAUGGAGAAGAACAUCCGUCCCCUUGACUUGCUCACUAAGAAGUCAUUUGAAAAUGCUCUGGUUAUGAUGAUGGCACUGGGAGGUAGCACAAACGGAGUGCUCCAUCUUCUCGCUAUGGCUGGUACGGCAGGUGUCGAUCUUUCCCUCGAUGACUUCCAGAGAGUGUCCAAUCGCAUUCCAUUCAUUGCAAACAUGGCACCUUCAGGCAAGUAUCUGAUGGCCGAUCUAUAUGAUAUUGGUGGUAUCCCCUCUGUCAUGAAGCUGCUCAUUGCAGGAGGUCUUCUUGACGGUAGCGUCCCUACAAUCACAGGCAAGACACUGGCCGAGAACGUCGCUUCAUUCGAUUCUCUACCUCAGGGUCAAGAAAUCAUCCGCAGCCUGGACAACCCCAUUAAGCCCACAGGUCACAUCGAGAUUCUCCGCGGCAACCUCGCACCCGAAGGUGCCGUGGCCAAAAUCACAGGAAAGGAAGGCAUGAGCUUCACCGGCAAGGCCCGUGUCUUCAACAAGGAGCACGAACUCGAUGAUGCCUUGAACAAGGGUCAGAUCCCUCGUGGGGAGAACUUGGUCAUUGUCGUCCGCUACGAGGGUCCCAAGGGUGGUCCGGGUAUGCCUGAGCAGCUCAAGGCCAGUGCAGCCAUCAUGGGUGCCAAGCUCACCAACGUUGCUUUGAUCACGGAUGGAAGGUACAGUGGCGCAUCACACGGCUUCAUCGUCGGUCAUAUUUGUCCCGAAGCUGCUGUUGGUGGACCUAUUGCUGUUGUUGAAGAUGGCGAUAUGAUUACUAUUGACGCCACAAACAAUACGCUCUCUAUGAAUGUUUCAGAUGAGGAGAUCCAGCAGAGAUUGAAGGUGUGGAAGAAGCCCAGGUCGAACGUCACUCGUGGUGUGCUGGCCAAGUAUCAACGCUUGGUCGGUGAUGCCAGUCAUGGUGCAAUGACAGAUUUGUUCUAG